AUCUACAUACGCUACAAUGUUCCUCGGCUCCUGCGGCGGUUCUGUGGGGACUUCAUCUUCCGACAAUCACAGUAUGUUCCUACUCGCGGCCAGUUUUCUUAACACACCCCACCCACCCCCACCCUCCCAGGAGAAGUGCGGAGCCACCACCCUGCUCGACAUCGCCACCCUCACGGGCGCCUGCAUGGUGGCGCUGGGCCCCUCCGUGGCGGGGCUGCUGACCCCCUCGGAGGGGCUGGCGGAGCAGAUACGGCAGGCGGCCAGGGCGGCAGGCGAGCGUGUGUGGCGGCUGCCUCUGGAGGAGGAGUACUUCGAGGGUCUCAAGUCCCCGGUGGCGGACCUGCGCAACACAGCGGGGCGGCUGGGCGGCACCAUCACCGCCGCGCUGUUCCUGAAGCAGUUCGUGAAGGAGGGGGUGGAGUGGGCGCACCUGGACGUGGCGGGUCCCGUAUGGAGUGAGAAGCAGGGGCUGCCCACCGGCUUCGGAGCCGCACUGCUGGCGGAGUGGGCGCUGGCACAGGCGAGGGAGGCGGGGGCUGCUGCACCGGUGGUGAAUGGGAAGUGAGGGAGGCCCUGCUGAUGCUGUUAGUUGAUUGCCGCUAUUGCUGUGCUGGUCGCAUGUUUCCGCCCUAACAGUGCGGGUGCCCUAGCAGUAACGGGUGCUGAGAAGUGAAGAAGGCAAGGUGGGCAAGGUGUGAACAGCGCAGAUGCGCGCGUGCCGAGGAGAGUCGUGUGGUGAAGAGUGAAGUGUGGUGGACAUGGGUAUGCGGUAUACUCCAGCAUAUUGUGUUGGAAACUUCUGGGACCUCUGGGGGAAACUUUGGGGACUUGUCUCCCGACGGUAAGGUGUGAACGUGAAUGGGAGUGGGAAUGGAAUGCGAGAUGCGCGCACUUUGCUCUCAUGCCGGUAUAUAUAUGUGAUGUUCCGGCCAUGACGCUAUGACGUGCGAGGGAGGAAGGGACAAAGCGAGCACCAGCGCAGGUGGGAGGGUGACCCAUGGGACAAGAGGUGUGUGGUUUGGCAGUAAGGAAGCGACGAAUCCAGGCGCAUUGUGAUACGUUGA